CCAAUCGGACGGCGCCACGUCCGCUGGACCACGAAGCCGGAAGCCGGGAGUCUGGAGCGCCCCGUCAUGCCGCCGCCGCCGCCGCCACCGCUCGCUGUCCCGCUGCUGCUGCUCGGCCUGGUCCUCGGCGCCCGCGCCAUCUCCUUCCACCUGCCCUCCAACUCCAGGAAGUGUCUCCGGGAGGAGAUCCACAAGGACGUGCUGGUGACCGGCGAGUACGAGCUGAGCGAGCAGCCGGGCGGCCGCACCGACCUGAAGGUGACGGAUUCCUCUGGACACAUUCUGUACUCCAAGGAGGAGGCGAGCAAGGGCAAGUUUGCCUUCACCACCGAUGACUAUGACAUGUUUGAGAUCUGCUUUGAGAGUCGGCUGCCAGCAGGUCACUUCCGGGUACCAGACCAGCUGAUUGUUCUCAACACCAAGCACGGGGUGGAAGCCAAGAACUAUGAAGAUAUCGCAAAGGCAGAGAAGCUAAAACCACUGGAGGUGGAGCUGCGGCGGCUGGAGGACCUGUCGGAGUCGAUUGUCAAUGACUUCGCGUACAUGAAGCAGCGGGAGGAGGAGAUGCGGGACACGAAUGAGUCGACCAGUGCCCGCGUUCUCUACUUCAGCAUCUUUUCUAUGUGUUGUCUGGUUGGAUUGGCCACUUGGCAGGUUUUCUACCUUCGCCGCUUCUUCAAAGCCAAGAAACUCAUCGAAUAAAGCUGAUCAGAAAGUGUCUAUUAGUGAGUGUGUGUGUGUGCGCGCACGCGUGUGUCUGGGUUGGAGGGGGCAUGUAUGAGUGACAAUUUAUCACUGUUUGUAUUAAAUGGGGUGCUUUAAGUGUUCUGAGCACGUGCUGUGUGUUAAUGUGCAGCACUAGUUGGCCCGUGGCUGGGGUCGAGGCCAUUCUGAAUCUUGUGAACGGACAUUAAGCUUCAUCUUCCACUUGGCCUGGAUCACUCCCCAUGGAAAAGAUGAGCAAAGGACCUCGGGAGAACUUUUGUAGAAACUUAUUUCCGCAGGCUGAGAGUUUGCCUCAAAAACAGAGAAUGCUGGCAAAGCCAGUGCCGGUGGAGAGGAGCUGUUACCACCUCUAGUCGACAAAAGAAGGUUUUGACCAGUAUUUUGUUCUUGACUCAGAUUUUCAGCUGCAGAUUUUCUGGAAUUCCAAAUAGCUUGCAAAAAAAAAAGGUAUUAUCUUGCAGUGGGCAAGGAUCUGUGGUAGUCUUUUAACAAGAUAAUCACCCCAAAGAGAGCUAAGUUAACUUGCUGCCUCACCUGAAUCUAUUACAGGGGUCACUGCGCCUAUCAGCUGUGUGAUCGUCACCAAGGUUUCUGUUUAAUGCCAACCCCCCACCCCUGCGCUUAAAACCCAUGUGAGUGAGGCCCUUGGCCCCACAAACUCUGGAGCCAGCAUAUUACUGAAGCAGGUUUGCAAUUUUGUUUUUUGUUGAGAGAUAUAGAGUACAGAGACUGGCCCUUCAGCCCAUCGAGUCCAUGCAAACCAUCGGGCACCCAUCUACACAACCCCGUUCUGUUGAAUGUAAUAGUGCACUGUGAAUUUCAACGAGGGCUGGACUACCUCUUGUCUAGAGUUACAUGGAUUGAGCAGCUGUUGACAUGAGGUAGUUAGCUGCCCUCGAACCCUCACUGAAAUUCAGAACAUAAUUGCAUUCAGCAGAAUGGGGUUACCCGGACUCGACGGGCCGAUGGGCUCGUGCUAGAGAUUGAUUUAAAAGAGGGAAUGAAUUUGCAGAGUUUACUCCUUACUAAAGUUUCCCUUCAAUCCAGCCCUCAGUAAGAGUGGCCAGGGCCCAGCACCACUGGAGGUGGGUGUAGAUUGUGAGGCACUUGAUGCUCGAUGGGUGAGAGCACCCUGCACAACCUGCACCCAAGGCGUUUGAUUUGCUUACCGGCUUGUUUCGUAUUUUCUCUGCGGUGACAAUAAUGUGGUCAGUCAGUAGGAGGGAGCAGAGUCUGUGGAUGUGCGACGUGCCAGGGGUUGGUCUGUGAUCUUUCACUGUAAAACAUUUCAUUCACUUGGAAUAGUUUUGUGCAGAAACUGUAAGAAUAAAUUUCUCUUUUAAAUGGA